UAAUCAAGGGUUAUCAGGGAAGCCCCCGCAAUGCAUGACGGGAGUUGUAGUCGCCGGCGGUUCCGAAGGGCGCAAACCAAUCGCUCGCUCUUCCUCUUUCCCUGCUUGUAAUGGCCGCUUCCAGGAAGUAGUAGGCGUUGUCCAGGACGGCUGUCAGCUUCCUAAGAUCGCAGCGCCAACCACUCCAGGGAAUACCGUAAAUUACACAGGCUGUUACCCCCCGCCUUUCGCGCAGGAACAUCGGAUCAACAAUGAUUGGGAACAUGGGCACUACCAGGAAUGCUUCCCAUCUGUUCUUGGUGCUUUUAUCACUCCUGAUCGGGCUGCCUGUUGUGGCAGCUAUGGAUACGGGCGACGCAUUAGCCCUACUCCUGGUUAUGUUUCUUAGUUGCAUUGGAUUAUGUGCCUGCCUGGGCUUAUAUGCGAGGAAACGCAACGGAGAGCUAUGACUGAAGAAAAAGAUGUCCCGGUCAAGCAUAGCUACCUUGUUAGAUGAGUUUCUGGCUGUUUCCAAUACUGGAGUACGACUCAUCAAAUCCUUAUUGCCAUGCGGUGUUCAGGAACAAGGACUGUGUCUGACUGGAAGAUUUUGGAGAAUUGCACCCCACGCUCAUAGGAAGACAAAUAUUUAAUAUUUCUUGGGAUUAAGAUGCUGCCUUAAAAGGGGGGGGGAGUCUUGUUUUGAUUGAAUAGGGGAAAUUAUCAUUUCUGAAUGUGAAUUUAUAUUAACUGAGGUGCAGUGGAGAAUUUGUGGCGGGGAGGAGAGGCAGUCUGGAUGGAGAUUAGUGUAAAGAAGCACCAGACUAUACAGCAUAGGAGAAUAAAUAAAGACGCAGAACUAGUUCAUUUAGAAACUACUUUGAUUAGCUUCCUGUGAUUAAAUGUGUAUCUCUUUUAACUUCCCCCAAAUUAAUAUAUAUAUAUGUUUGUUUGUGGUUAGGUCAAGCUACUGUGUACCUUUCUAGUUUUGUUAUGUAUUCAUUUUGGGACCGUCCUGGUAUAAGUAAUUUUGCAGAUUUUGGUUGUUUUCGGGUACAAUCUAUUGGGAGCAUAUGUUACGCAAGCUUUGUUGAAGCACAAUUAUGGGUUUUUUUCUGGUAUUCUUUUCUUAAUUUCAGUAGAACUUGCAUGAAAGUUUCUGAUAGAUUAGGCUCUCAAUUGUUCAAUCAAAAUAUUUCCAGCGGAGGAUGUUUGAAUGACCAAAUAUAUUUUCUAUAUGUCCUUUUUUAUUACGAUGUUUUAUUGUUUGCAGCGUCAUGUUCAGUAUUUUAAAGAUACUCACUGUGGUGGAAGCUUUCAGUAUUUUAAAGGUGUUUAACAAGGUUAAGGGUCACUGAUAACUCAACCAGAUGAUUAUCCUGGGUCUUCAGGUGUAACUAAAUCAAUAAACUCCACAAGUUGUAUGGUUUAAAUGGCAGCAUGCAAGCUUUCUUAGUUUGUGUGCUUAAUUCUUCAGGGCUUGAGGAGAAAGUCUGUCUAAAUUUAGUCAAGAUCCCAACUGAAUCCAGUGCUUAAAAAAGAAAGAAACCAACAAAUAGUGAUAGUGGGAUAGGCAUUCUUAGCCAGAUCUUGUAAGGCAGUUGUUGCUUUGUGUUACACAACUGGAAGAGUCUGAACAUGGCAUAAUAUAAUUAAGUCAGAAAUAAGCAUGGGUAGGCAACCAUUGACCCUCCCAAUGUUGAGCCACAUUUUCUGUCAUCCUUGUCCAUGCUGGCUAGGGUUCCAACAAAAUCUGGAGCUCUGCAGGUUCCUUGAACCUUUUCCAGUGGAAAGACCUCCAGUCUUUCGUCCCAAGAGCCCAGUAGGCAUGUUUGCUGUGAGAUUGUAUGAAGCUUUGCUCUUUUGCAGAGGCAAGGUCUAGUCACAGUAAUGUCAACCUAAGGAGGCAGGACAGAAUAGGAACAAGCAGAUUUACAGGCUGGCAGUCUUGGUGAGCGACUCAAGAACUUGUAGGAGGCUACUAGAAAUGGGUUACAGAAGACUGAAACCACAGAGGCAGGGUGCGCCUAUUCUUUUCUCUGCCAUUACAAGCAGUUGUGUUUGGUAGCACCUUUGGAGUUGUUGCAAGUCUGACUUGCAGAAAAGAAUCAGCCGUAGCAUUUAAACAAAGAGCCUCUGAGCUGCGUGCUGGUAUCUUUGUGGUAACGUUUCAAGAUGUUGAUGAGAGCAGGUUGAGUGGGUUAUGAAGCUUUGCCUAUUACUGGUCUUGCAGUCUGCCUUUCUUUUGUAUUGGGUCUCGUGCAGGCCUGAUGUACAUAGGGAAAUGUACACAUCCAUCAAGGGCAAACCUUCCUGCUGCAGCUAUUGGCCAGCUGGUUUUCAUUUACUGCACAUUUUUCUAGUUUCAAAGUCACUAGAAUACGCUUUCUAAGGUCCUUGCUCUAUCUUUCUCUCCCAGUAAAUUGCCUCAAGGCAACAAGUGGUGUAGCAUCUAGCAAGCGUCACCAAGAGGUAUGGUACAAGGAGUCUUUCUAUAACUUCACUCUCCACUUUUGAAAUCAACUCUAUUAGCAUGCUUUCAAGAAAUUCUGAAAUGUAUCUGUUUGUGUCCCUCCACUCAUGAAAGACUCCUUGAUCCACUGGAGCAGCUUUUCCCAAAUUUGGGUCUCCAGCUGUUUUCCAGCUAAGAUUCCCAUCAUCCCUGACCACUGGUCUUGCCAGAUAGGGAUGAUGGGAGUUGUAGUCCAAAAACAAGUUUGUGAAAUUGCAUUGGGGGCUUUAGUGAAUAGAAGUGAGAGUUGAUGCUCAUUUACUCUCUUCCCCCGGUAGCCCCUACUGUAAAUUUGCUUCAGGGGGUGGGGGUCCUUUGGAAUAGUGUGGGAAGGGGCACAGGAGGCUGAGGAAGAAAGAGGAAAUUCGUAAAAGCUGUCUCCCUCCUUCCAUUCACUGAAAUAAUUUUGGGGAGCCAAGAACUUUCCAUGAGCAGAGGAACACAAUUUGAUACAACCCAAAGCCUUUCCCAGCCGUGGUUCAAUACAGCUUAAAUGUUGUAGGUCACUGUAGAGAUUCACUUUGCUUGCUUCUCAGUGUGUUCCUUUAAUGUGAGAAUCACUGGAUAUGUGACUUCUGUAUGAUAACCCUUUCUAAAGCAAGCCAGAGGGCAGCUGUCUUUUUUCCAACGCCUAGUAGGGAAUAUGAAACCAAAGAAAAAGCGUCGUUUUCCUUUCCAUGGUUUGUUUUUGUGCAUUGUUGAAUUAGUUUUUCCUUACACAAGCGUCAUACUUGCAACCCCCUCAAAUGCUAUCCAUUUUCAGAACAGGCCUUGGAUCAAAACAAUAGUUUCUCUGUGCCCCUUCAUUUGGUAUCUCAGUUCUUACAAGCUACAAGAACAAAACCUUGGCAGUUGCGCUUGCUAGCCUGUGAGAUUCUCCUCCCACCCCGGUUUUGUUUCUCCUCAUAUUUUUAAUAAAAACAUAUUCUUUUCA